AUGGCCACUCGGAGCGCUCGUGACAACAAGGCCCUCAAUGCCCGCCAUGCUGAAGUAUUGAAGGCCAUGCUCCGCCAGCCCGAAAACAAACUGUGCGCCGAUUGCAAGAGAAAUGACCCCAGAUGGGCUUCAACCAAUCUAGGGUGUUUCAUGUGUAUCCGCUGUAGUGGCAUCCAUCGAAGUAUGGGUGUCCACAUCACCAGAAUCAAAUCCAUCGAUCUUGAUACUUGGACUCCCGAACAAGUGGCUUGUGUUCAACGAUGGGGUAAUAAAAGAGCUAAUGCAUAUUGGGAGGCUCAUCUCCGACCUGGACAUAUGCCUCCGGACCAUAAGAUCGAAAGCUUUAUACGCAGCAAGUACGAAAGUAAACGUUGGGCGAUGGAGGGUCCUCUACCAGAGCCAGAGACGUUGGAUGAUGAUAAGGAUGUUGCUCCUGCUGCUCCCACGGCUGUUUCCCAGAACGCUGCACCUUCAAACCCCACGAUAUCCAAAGUCACUCCACCAACGAUGAGCAAACCUGCCACCUCAGCCUCAGCGACGAACAACCCCUUAGAUUUCUUUGACAGCCCGAAUGAUCAACCCGUGAAAACAACUUCUGGACCGGCGAGCGUCAAGGUCGAAAAUAAUGUUCAACCGAGUGUCGGUGGAGGCUUGUUUGACUUGGAUUUCUCGCCCCAGGCCUCGGCAGCUGCAGUCACUGCCACCGCUCCUGCUGGAAGGAAGGAUGUCAAGAACGAUAUCCUUUCACUCUUUGCAGUCAAACCUCAGCAAAGCUACACAAAUCCAAUAGCCCAAGCCCCAAACAUAAACGCUGUCAACAAUCAGUUCAAUGGUUUAAACUUCGGGGCAAGCAACACGAUGCCCCAGGUCAACAACGUGAAUAACCCCUCGAAUCUAUCCCAAAACAAUUCAUUUGGCGAUAGUAACAAUGUCUGGGCUUCUCCCGCUGAUCAACUACGCCAACAGAGCCAAGAUCCAUUUGGCAGCUUCACCAGUGGUACCACUUCAACAAACGGCAACAACAAAGACGUCUUUUCUGACAUUUGGAGUUGA